AUGGCGCCCCUCACUCGGUCUGCUGCUUCCUUUAGAGGCAAUCUCCGGUCACAGGUCGCGCAACCACCCAAAGAACCUGAAAUCAUCGACAUUGACGAACAAUCUGUGGAUGAUGAAGAAAUGCUAGAAGAGGAAGGAGAAGAAAUUGAUGAAGAUGAGGAGAUGGAUGACCUCAACGGAGAUGCAGCCUCGGACACGGGAUCCGUUGUGCCCGUGUCAGAGCCCAGUCUCAAAUCAGUCAUGGGCGCAACAGGCAAGCCCCAGGACACGCCUGAGCUGUUUACCGCUGCCGGUGCCCAGGAGGCACUACAUCCCCUUCGCCGAACCGCCGACCGCGUUACUCGCCAGAUCGAAGCCUUUGCCGAGAAAUUAGAUCAAUUCAAACGGAAGAAUACCGAUGAUGAGUUCCAGAGAGUCCAGGCAGCUUAUAAGCUCGUGGAGAGCUACCGCGACCUGGCGCAAAAUGCCAUCCAGGAGGUUGCCAGACAGCAGACCCUCAAGCGAGCCAAGAUGGGCUUUCGCGCGAGUGAAUCGCAAGAUACUGAGGCUGAUGCGGAGUUGAAUGACCUGCAGCUGGAAGCAAACACCUGGCGUCUUCUUCUCAACCUGAUCAGCAUCGAUGACCCUGCCAGCCGGGCUAGCUUCAAGGAAGGACGGCAGACGGCUUUUCAAAACCUGCACCGGUACUCGUCUGAUCGCGAGAUCUGGGAGCAGUUUUUGAAUGCGGACCACUAUGCUCUCGAAUGCGUGGUUGCCAUGCGAUGGUUGGAGGAGACGUCCAAGACCGGGGACCAGGAAAUGGAAAUUCUGAUCACGGACAUGGAGGCUCAGGCGGAAAGAGGCCAGGGCUUGUGGGCGCAUGGCUGGCUCUUUACUAAGGAGGCCAUCAAGGGACACAAACGACUACGUGCAUGGCCGCAACCUCUCGAGCCGAAUGACCCGGGGAUCUCUCGUUCGCUGUUGAGUACGGAAGAGCAGAAGCCCUUGAUCACGCAGCUGGAUCCGGAUGCCCUCGCUCGGCAAAGGCGCUCCCUCGAGAAACAGGACGGAUUCUAUGAACGUGCCACCUGGAUGAUGUGCUGGAAGAUGUUGCGGCAGGGUGAGAGCUGGACGAAGAUCCGCGACUGGGCCCAGGGUCGUCUGGAGAGCUGGCGGGCUGUCAGCCUGUGUGGCUCCAGUGUGGACCCGCACACGAGCAACACCCGGACGCCAGUGGACGAUGGAAUGACUCGUUUCAUGAGCAGCAAGGCUCAUGACUCGUGGCGUGACGCCUGCUUUGCUCUGACGCAGAACCCCAACACAGAAGAUUUUCAGCGUGCAGUCUACGGGCUGCUCUGUGGAGAGACGGAGCCUGCGGCGAAGGUCUGUCGCAACUGGGACGACUAUCUCUAUGUGUACUUCAACCGAGCUGUGCUCUCGCGGUAUCAAGGGUUUUGCAGGCAGUUCCAGCGAAAGCUGAGCCACUCCCCCAACACGCCUGUGGUCUUCAAGCCAGAGCCCGCCGGACAUGCAGACCUGCAAAAGUUCAUUCAAUAUUUGAGAGGCAACGAAAAGGUCGCUGGCGAUGCACACGAUCCCUUCCGCAAUCUCCAGGCCACGAUCCUGAGUAAAGGAUACGACUCGUAUUUCCCCGCUCUCGCCCAGGCUGUCUCUCAGGUCAGCGCCAACAGAUUCGGAGCCUCCACCCUCAUUCCGGAUGUGGUGCGCACACAGACAGACGAACCGUCCCUUAUCACUGCCGAUGACGAUGAAGCCCUGAAAGUUGCGGCCCACGUUCUUGUGGUUAUUAACGCAAUUGGCUACGCUCGCGCAGAUUCUCAGUUCUUUGAGACUGCGUCUGUGGUCGUGGCUGGAUACAUUGCCACGUUGGAAGAGAAGGGACUCUACAACACCAUUCCGCUAUACGCGUCCCUUCUCCCUACAGAAAUGGCCCAUAGCGUCUUCUCGAAGAUUCUGAUCGACGUUGUCGAUCCCCGGACACGCAUGCAGCUGGUCCGGCUCAUGAAGAAGCAUGGCAUUGACGUCGAGGCUGUCCUGGACACCCAAUGGUCGUGGUUGGCCGCCGGUGGUAUUGCGGCGACCAGACGGCACUUUGUCGCUGAAUCCCCCCAGAAGGACCUGAUUGGGACAGCCAUUGCCGAUGAAGACGAGAAAAUGAUCCGCAGUUUGGAAUGGCGUCGCUCUGUGGGUGACCAGUGGUCCGAGAUGGUCGAUCUUGGAGCUUGGCUGUACCGCAAAUUCUAUGUUGCAAACAAUCUUGCAGCUGCUCGUGAAUUGUCUCAUCGCAUGUCGCUGGAAGAGAUGUCCCAAGAGAUCUUUGGGUAUAACAUGGUUGAGAACCCUCCCGCGGAGGAUAUGUUUGAAGAGGAGGAUGUACUAAUAAGCCAGAUCAAGCUGAAGCGAAAUGGUACUCAUCGACGAAGCCUUUCCGGCUCCAGCACAACUGGAUUGAGCAAGGACACUAUCGCGUGGUAUGAAUGCCAGAGAAUGCUCGACUUUGAACGAAUCACUCUGGCAUUCGAUGGUCUGGAGAAGUUUGCCAUGGUCCAUGAGCAGAUUUCCAAGAUAAAACGUCGACGAGACUCGGGCACCGUGAAAGAUCUCACCCUGGAAGUGAAAGAACUCAUAGGGGUGGUUGAAAGUCAGGUGUCGAGAGUGGUUGAAGAGUGGCUGCCUUCGUCUGAGAACGCCGAAGAGGAAAAGGAUUACGAGUAUAUCCGCCGGACCUAUCUUCCCGAUUUAUUCCUGGAUUACCACAACGCGGUUUACUUCGCCAGUGCCUGUCUCAAUCAGCCGAAUCUCCUGGUGCAGUGCAUGGAAUUGUCAGUCCAUAUCGCCAACAGCCCGCAGUUGACCCGCAGCUUCACGGACUCGCGGCGCAUGGCCGAGCUUGUGGAUGCGCUGGCUCUGUCAUCCAAGGCCUUGGUAAUUAGCAACGCCAAGAACGACCACUACGUUGACAAGAAACAUCGUACGCCGGGCAUCUGGCGCGUGGAUCCCCCGGACGAGGGUGAGCACGCGUUUCUUCAGGGGCAGUGA